UUGUGGAGGUUUAACUAGGAAGGCGCUUAUGUUGGGAGGGGCAAAGUCGAGUUUGUGGGACCAUGCGAGCCUAGCUUCAGCCGGCAGCCAGAAUUCGCAUCACUUCAGCCCGACACCCGCUUGUGGACAAACCGGUUCCGAAUCCAAAUACUCACCAAUUCCAAAACCUAUCAGCAAUGGCGCCUUCAAACCUUUCCCUGAACGAGGUGGUGAUCGUGUCCGCCGUGAGGACUCCCAUCGGCUCCUUCAGAGGCAGCCUAGCGAACGUCACAGCUACAGAGCUUGGUGCUAUCGUCGUCAGAGCCGCAGUCGAGAGAGCCGGCAUCCCUAGCAGCGAAGUUAAAGAGGUGUUCAUGGGAAAUGUCUGCUCAGCUGGUCUUGGCCAGAACCCCGCAAGACAAGCAGCUAUCUUCGGUGGCCUUGAAAAAAGCACAAUUUGCACUACAGUCAACAAAGUAUGUGCGUCUGGUCUGAAGGCUGUUACCCUGGCCGUACAAGGCUUGCAAACUGGAGCCAAUGACGUCAUACUAGCCGGAGGAAUGGAAUCUAUGUCAAACAUCCCCUUCUACAUAAGAAGAGGUGAAAUCCCAUACGGUGGCACUCAAUUACUCGAUGGCAUUUUAUACGAUGGUCUCACUGAUGUAUACGACCAAAUCCACAUGGGCGACUGUGCUGAGAACACAGCUAAGAACCUGAACCUUUCAAGGAAACAACAGGACGACUAUGCUAUCAUUAGUUACAAGAGGAGUGCUGCAGCGCACGCAGCUAAGGCUUUCGACGCUGAAGUAGUACCUGUCCCAGUGCCACAGAAGAAGGGCGCUCCAGUUAUUUUCGCAGAAGACGAGGAGUACAAGAGGGUGGACUUUGACAAGCUUGUUAAGUUGCCGACUGUGUUCAAGAAGGAGAAUGGUACAGUAACUGCUGGUAAUGCGUCAGGAUUGAACGAUGGAGCUGCAGCUGUAGUGAUGAUGACCGCUGAAGCCGCCAAGAGAUUGAACGUGAAGCCUUUAGCCCGUGUCAUUGGAUACGCAGACGGAGAACGUGAACCAAUUGACUUCCCUAUUGCACCAUCUGUCGCCAUCCCUAAGCUUCUAGAGAAGACUGGCGUUAAGAAGGAGGAUGUGGCCAUGUUUGAGAUAAACGAGGCGUUCAGUGUUGUUACUCUUGGUAAUCAGAAGUUGUUGGGCAUUGACCUGGAGAAGAUCAAUGUUCACGGUGGAGCUGUGAGCCUGGGCCAUCCUAUUGGUAUGUCUGGUACCAGGAUUGUUGGGCACUUGUGCCAUGCUCUGAAGAAGGGUGAGAUUGGUGUGGCUACUGCCUGCAACGGCGGUGGUGGUGCCUCAGCUAUCAUGAUUGAGAAACUGUAAGGUCUAUAAUGUUUAUCCGCAUUGUUGUAUGAAAUAAUUGAAUUCCGAUUGCCAUAAAUAAAUGUUGUCUGUUGUUAAAUGUUUAUAUUGUGUAUGUAAACCUACGCAUUAUUGAUAUAUUCGUGUUUACUUAUAUUAAGAUCUCGUUAUAUAUGUUUUGCACAUAUCUAUAUCGCUUAAUUGCGUAAUUGGUUAAUGAAUAUACUUUUUUUUAUUAAAUAA